AUGCCUGACGUAGCCUCCAAAGCGCCAAUGUCCUUUCUGGACGUCGUGAAUGAAUGCGACAAUUUCCCGCUUCCUCAGCGCGACCUGAAGAACUCGCGUAGCGUCGGGUUCGUUGUGCCCUCAGUCGCCACUGCCUUUCGUAAUCAACUCGGCUGGCGCCUCGACGAGUCCACCACUCCCAAGACCCUCGCUCUGGUUGGGGGCAACAAUCCAUCUUCGAGAUCAGCCGUCGUUGAAAAGACUCUCCUCAAGAUCCGCGACGAAAAAAAGUUCGUCAUUCUGUCCCGAUGGCGUAACGAAAGGAAGCCGGUUUACGGCCCCGCCGGUCAGCUGCUCUUCGCCGUUGAGCGAGCUGCCACCCCACUUCUUGGAGUCGUGACCUACGGCAUCCACAUGACCGCCUUCACCGGAUCGGAGUCCGGCCAGACCAAGAUCUGGCUCCAAAGGCGUUCCAAAACACCGCCUUCUACCCUGGCCUUCUCGACAACACCGUCGCUGGCGGUAUUUCCGUAG